AUGCCCUCCCCACUCUCCUCCUGCGCCGUCUGCGGGAGACCAACCACCUCGCGCUGCUCGGGCUGCGCGAACGCAGGCGGACCGAGUAUCUUCUUUUGCUCGCCGGAACACCAGAAACUCGUCUGGCACAACCACAAGUUUGUCUGUCGCGAGAAGUCGGCUCGCUUCAUCGCUCUGCCUCUGACGGAUGCAGAAUUCGCGCGCAUCGACGACUACGCGGAGCGUGGGCGCGUCUCGGAGACCGCUACGCCCGGAGACGAGAGUUAUCGUGUGCGAGCGAAUCUUUUCGAAGACAUGCUUGCGGGCUGUGAGCGCGAUCAGCUCAAGUGCGCCAUACUUCCUUCCCUGCGCGACCCUGCUAGAACAGCGCAGCCCAGCUGCCAGGACUGGCUGCAUCGCCUACGUCUUAUGAUCGCGCUGACGUACGGGAGCCACCGUGGAAAGUCAUUCCAAGAUUGCUGGCCUGGGAGUCCCUGGGUCUUCGUCGCCGUCCUGCAAAACACGGUCUAUGCGCACUGGAUUGACGAGCUGGGCGCAGCUGUUGCGGCUGAACUUCUAGAGCGCAACUCUCUUGUGCGCUUUGCGCACCAUGUCCUCAUCUUCUACACCCUUGCCUGCCUCAAGGACUCCUCCACCAACAUUCAAGACUCUUGGGUGAAAACGUCUUUCGAAGCCAUGAUUGCGUCCAUCAAUGACGACGUGAUGUAUACUGCCGAGACUGCCCUUCACGCGCCCGAGAUGGUCGGGCGCAUCUUCCGAAAACUCAAGGCAGUUCGCGUUUAG